AUGACGACAGCUCUGCCCCUCUCUCCCCCCGUGCAGGUGGACGCCGACGAUGUCAUCACCAAGGAGGAGCAGAUCUUCCUCCUGCUGAAGGCCAAGGCCAAGUGUGAGCGACACCUGAAAGCCAAGGUGCCCAAGGUGCACGAUGGUUUUUGUCUCCCUGAGUGGGAUGGCAUCGUCUGCUGGCCCGAAGGUGUCCCGGGCAAGGUGGUGGCCAUGCCGUGCCCCGAGUACAUCUACGACUUCAACCACAAAGGCCACGCUUACCGUCGGUGUGACCUGAACGGGAGCUGGGAGCUGGUGCCAGGCAACAACAGGACCUGGGCAAACUACAGCGAGUGUGCCAAGUUCCUCACCAACGAGACGAGGGAGAGGGAGGUCUUUGAUCGCCUCUAUUUGAUUUAUACUGUUGGAUACUCCAUCUCUCUGGGAUCCCUCACAGUUGCUGUCCUUAUCCUGGGAUACUUCAGGCGUUUGCACUGCACUAGGAACUACAUCCACAUGCACCUGUUCGUGUCCUUCAUGCUGAGGGCCGUGAGCAUCUUCGUGAAGGACGCCGUGCUCUACUCGGGCUCGGCCCUGGAGGAGAUGGAGAGGAUCUCGGAGGAGGACUUGAAAUCCAUCACUGAGGCACCUCCAGCGGACAAGUCGCAGUUUGUGGGCUGUAAAGUAGCUGUUACCUUCUUCCUCUACUUCCUGGCAACCAAUUACUACUGGAUCCUGGUGGAAGGGCUCUAUCUCCACAGCCUCAUCUUCAUGGCAUUUUUCUCAGAGAAGAAAUAUCUUUGGGGAUUCACAUUAUUUGGCUGGGGUAAGUCAUGGCUGCUCCUCACAGCUCCCCUGGGAGGCAGUUUUUGGAGAUGGUGUUGGGACUUGAGUGCUGGCAAUUUAAAAUGGAUUAUUCAGGUGCCCAUCCUGGCAGCUAUCGUGGUAAAUUUUAUUCUUUUUAUCAAUAUUAUCAGAGUCCUCGCCACCAAACUACGGGAGACGAACGCGGGGAGGUGCGACUCGAGACAACAGUACAGGAAGCUGCUGAAAUCUACCCUCGUCCUUAUGCCUCUGUUUGGAGUUCACUAUAUUGUUUUCAUGGCUAUGCCAUACACAGACGUGUCAGGGAUUCUUUGGCAAGUUCAAAUGCACUAUGAAAUGCUGUUCAACUCUUUCCAGGGAUUUUUUGUUGCCAUCAUAUACUGUUUUUGCAAUGGAGAGGUCCAAGCAGAAAUCAAGAAGUCAUGGAGCAGGUGGACUUUAGCCCUUGACUUUAAAAGGAAAGCACGAAGUGGGAGCACAACCUACAGUUACGGACCAAUGGUGUCCCACACCAGCAUCACAAAUGUAGCCACAAGGGGAGCGCUUGCCCUCCAUCUCAACACGAGACUUAUCCCAGGGACCCUCAACGGACACCGGAAUUUGCCAGGUUACGUGAAAAACGGCUCCAUUUCCGAGAAUUCCAUGCCUUCCUCCGGGCCGGAGCAGUACAACAAGGACGAGGAAUAUCUCAACGGCUCCGGCCUUUACGACGGCGACAGACCCACGGCGCUCGUGGAGGAGGAGAGAGAGACAGUGAUGUAAAGGGAGGAGGGGGAAAACAAGCAAAAAAAAGGAAGCCAAAGGAUGGAAAAAGGUUCCCGGAGAGCAUUUAGUGGGUGACGGAACAUCGGGCCGCGCGUGGAAUGCCGAGGGUUUCCGUGGAGUUUCCCCGUUCCGUGGAACCGGAGGUUAAGUUAUGUGGGAGAAACAAGCGGGGGCACCAAGGUGGAUCCCAGCCCUGGACUCAGUGAUCCACGUGUCCCUGGUGUUCCCGGGACCACAGAGACACCGGGAGCUGGCCAGGGAGGGCUGGGAAGCACCCCGGGAUUCCUCGGAGCUCUCGGAGAGCGCAGGCGGCCGAGGAGGACGGGAGGCUCCCGGGGGCUCGCAGGGAGGGUGCAGUGCCAUCACCUCGAGGGGGUGCAGCCACCCCAGGCACCCCCCCUUUCAGUCUGGUUUGCCCUCUGCCCACAGGGCCUGCCUGGCACCACCCCCGGGUGGGCACUCGGCCCAAAAUCCUGCUCCCUCCAACCCGUCGCGCGUCGUCCUUCCCUCGGGGAAUCUCCUCGGCAAAGUGCUCCUCGGGGCUGGGGAGGGUUCACAGCUCGGGGCUGCAGGAUCCAGGCAGAAAACUCUCCUUCCUCUCCCCGAGUCCCGGUAGCAAGACAGGAACCGGUGGGAAUUCAGGAUGGAAAAUGUGGUUCUCAGAAUACGCAACGUUUCCGUUCUUCCAGAUGCUGCAGAGAUGGAGAGGGGCCUUCCAAGGGCAGGGAAUUCACAGAUCUGGGAGGGGGGGGGUUGGCUAAAAUCAGUUCAGAGGGGACCUGACUCAGCCCUCCCUUUUUGGGGAGCUCAUGGAAAGAAGCUUCAUUUCAUUUUUAAACCUCUAAAUUGCUCCUCAUUCUGUUCCCUGAAAAUCCCGAUCCACUGAAUCAUAAAAUCCCAGGGUGUUUUGGGUUGGAAGGGACAUUAAAGAUCAAUCCAGUGCCGUCCCCUGCCAUGGGCAGGGACACCUUCCACUCUCCCAGGUUGCUCCACUCUGGCCUGGAACACUUUCAGGGAUGGGGCAGCCACAGCUUCCCUGGACAACUGGUCCAAACCCUCCUGAGGAGAAAGACUCCAUCAGCCUUCUGCCUGUAUCCCUCAGAAGCACAAACUGUGGGAUACAGCCAGACAAACCCACCUUCACAAGAUCCAAAGGCAAAAUUUCUUGGAUAAAAGCACAGGGAUUGCUCCUGGCUGGUCACCUUCUGAGCUUCCCCUUUCUUUGUGUUUUGGUCCCACACAACUGGACACCAGGUCACACUUUGAGUUGGGGUCAACUCCAACCAAAGGCACUGUCUUUGCCUGGAGAUGCUGAGAUGAGGAGAUCCUACAGUGAGUGCCUCCAAAGGGAAUAGCACAAGAAAGUGUCUCCUUCCUUCGGGAGAGGGAGACCAGCAGGGUUCUGUCCCUGGGCAGAGUUUCCCUCCUUGGUGCUUUGGCCGAGGGUCCCCAGAGGUUGUUCUCUGGUGGAUCUCCAGCAGCAGCGAAGGGCUGAAGUCCUGUUGGCCACCAGUCAGUUGUGCUGGGGCUGAUCCUCCAGGGAAGGGGCUCUACCUGUUCCCAGCCAUGAUGCAGAACUGGUCAGGAGGGAGAAAUUAGGAACAGCCACCAAAAUUCCCACUGCAGCAAGUUCUGCUGAGCCAGCCUGGUCUCUCUUUCCAGCCUGUGUCCCACCACCACCAUUCCUUUGCUCCAGUCCAAGACUCAGCUCCUCAGGGGGCUUUUUGUCCUUCUUUCUUCCUUUCCUUCUUGGCAGGUUUCUGGGAACUGAAGCAUUUUGACCACUUUUACUCCAGUGGAAUAGGAAAGAGGUAUUGGGGAAGUUUGGGAAGGUGAGGAAAAUGGGAGAAUCUGCUCUCUCUGUUCUGAUCCUGUGAUAUAAUUGUUGGGUCACAUCAACCAGAACUCCUGAGGUGCAUCCAGUCCAUGCAACCAGCUGGUCUGCAGAGGGAAAUGAAGGGCUGACUUCCCCCAAACUCUGAAGGAAGGCAGGAAGAGGAGCUGGGAUCUUGACCUGUGUCCCACAGCUCCUUCAACAACCUCCCAGCUUGGGCCUGAGCAAAGCCCAGGGAAAUCAAGGGGAAAAUCUCCUCCCCUGGACAUCUCUGAGCUCAGGAUUCAGACCUGCUGGGGGACGUGGGGGCUGAGCAGGUCACAAAUCAUGGAAUCAUGGAAUCAUUAGGGUUGGAAAAGCCCUCUAAGGUCCUCGAGUCCCCCCUGUGCCUGAUGC